CUGCUUUCACACCAUGGGUCAGGCUUCGUCACGCGCCCCAGGAGGUGAUACACGUUUUAUAGCGGUACCAGGACCACUACCACCAGGAGAACCCAAACCAUGGCCUAGACACGACUACAUCAUCGUCGGAGGAGGUACGGCUGGGUGCAUACUAGCCUCUAGACUGUCGGAGGAUCCCAACACAACGGUUUUGCUCAUUGAAGCCGGCAAGGACUUCCAGGGAGACGUGCCCACCAAGAUCCCCUUCAUGUUUGCCAACCUGUUCCGGACUGAGCGUGACUGGGACUCAUACACCGUCCCGCAGAGAUAUCUGGAUAAUCGUGAGACGUACUGGCCGAGAGGGAAAAUAUUGGGGGGAACAAGCGCGACGAAUGCUUCGAUAUACCAUCGGUGCUGUCCCGAAGACUUCAACGAGUGGGUCUCUCUCGGAGCCGAAGGAUGGUCGUAUGCGGAUUUGAACCCGUACUUCUUGAAAGCGGAGCAUUUCCAUCAAAGCUCUAAGCAUCCCGGAGUCAAUCCCGCUAACCAUGGAGCGUACGGACCCUGGCAGACAAGCUAUCCAUCGGAGACGGCACCUAUCAAUGACUACGUCGCCGAAGCAUGCAGGGAGCUCGGCAUGAGGAGCAUCGAGGACAUCAACGCCGGUCGAGGUCAUCUCGGCGUCACGCAACUUCUGGGGACUAUUGACUCUAAUGGGCGAAAAAGCUCCACUGCGACAGUCUAUCUCAGCGACAAAGUCCUCAAUAGGCCGAAUCUGACUGUCUCUACUGAAAUCAUGAUCGAGCGGCUCGUGUUCUCCGACGUGACUCCUCCAGGCCAACCACCUAAGGUGAUUGGCGUGGAGAUGAGGACAAGCCGCAACGCCCAGCUAUACUGCACUGGGGUCAAUCGCGAAGUCAUCCUUUGCGCUGGAGCUGUUGCCACGCCCCAGCUCCUCAUGGUCUCCGGCGUCGGCCCUGCACAGGAUCUCCAGAGGCUCAGUAUCCCGGUCGUCAAGGACCUGCCUACGGUAGGACGGAACGUGAUUGACCACGUUUCGUCUGGACCAAUACCCUUCCGGGUCAAGUCGGGAAGUCUCACAUACGACUUCCUCAGGGGCACGCUCUCUAGUACGUUCGAGAUGCUCAAAUGGCGCUUCUUUGGGACGGGCCCAUACGCGUCUCUGGAUUACUCGUCGACGGCGUUCGUUCGUUCUACAGACAACGCCCUUCCCUACUACCCGAACGGCAAUGCAGGGGCCCCAGUGAACGACCACUCUUCUGGACCAGGGGCUCCUGAUUUAGAGAUACGCUGGGUUCCCCAGGCGGUCUUUGGAGAUGGCUUCCCAAAGCCGACAACAGGAACGGAAGGUGUGACGUUCGCAGCCGUAGCACUGAAGCCAGAGAGCAGAGGCCGGAUCAUGAUCAAGUCCAAUAGCGUCUGGGAUGCACCGAUCAUCGACCCCAACUACCUGUCCACGGAGAGCGAUAUGAACGUGCUCGUUCGCGGCAUCCGCCUGCUCCUCCGACUUGCCCAUACAGACCCAGUAGCGUCGAAGCUGCACCUCAAGGGGAACUCCAUCAACCCGUCGAGCCCUUGGUGGCCAGGCGUAGCAGACCCGAAUCUGAUCACUGACCGCGAGAUCAAGGAGAUGCUGCGCCGUACGGCCCUCCCGGCCUGGCACCCGGUGUCCUCGGCGCGGAUGGGCCAGUCGCCGCAAGACAGCGUGGUGGAUCCGUCCCUGCGCGUGCACGGCAUCGUCGGCCUGCGCUGCGUGGACGCGUCCGUCUUCCCGACUCAGGUUUCUGGCCAUCCGUGCGCGGUCGUCGUCGCCGUGGCGGAGCGUGCGGCGGACCUCAUCAAGGCGUCCGCGGCCUCGCGGCUGUGAUCUUUCUUGCUCUACUGCUGGGCCUGGACUUGGACCUUCAAGGGGACUGUACACGAUCUCUAAUGCCUCAAAUGUCUGCCACGUCGCCUCUGUUUUGUGCUUUCGGCCCGUCUUUAGCAUGUCUUUUUUGUCUUGCCGCUGUUAUGACCGCAGGCCUCUCAUGAUCCUGUGAUUGUUGGACUGUCACGUAGUAUAUCUCCUGCCCGCCUGGUGUAUGUAAUUUGUGAUAUUCGCAUUUUGACAUUUUUCU